GACGAACGUUAGACAGGCAUCAGUCGACCGACAUUCGGUAAGAAGUGAUCUGUUCCGGAUUCCAACACAGACCUCUGAAGAUGAAUUCGUUGGUGGUGUUGUUUGCUGUGGUCGCGGCGGCGGUGGCUGCUCCUCUUGAGAAGAGGUCUAUUGGGCAUGCAGUGGCUUAUGCCUUGCCGUCGGCGGUGUCCCACCAAAGCCGCGUGGACGUGCACUCCUCGCCGGCGGUGGUGGCGGUGGCUGAGGCGCCGGUCUACGAGCUAGUGGAGCCCGUGGUGGAGGCCCGCGCGGUGUACGCUGCGCCUGCGCACACCGUGUACUCUGGAGGCUCGGCCGUGUCCCACCAGUCCCGCGUGGAUGUAAGGACCUCUCCAGCGGUGGUCGAGCACGCUGUGGCCCCGCCCGCCCUGCUGCAGUACGUGGCCGCCCCAGCCCUGGGCGCGCGCUCCGUCUGGGCGCCCUCGCUCUACGCCUCCGCCUGGAUGCAUACCAUUCGAACUGAAGGUAUCAGUCGUCCGUGUGCGGUCGAAGUGAUCUACAUAGUUUGUCCGAACACAGACCACAGAAUGAGAUCGCUGGUGGUGUUCCUGGCUGUGUGCGCAGCGGCGAGCGCGUCACACGUGCUGCUGGACCCGCACGGGCGGCCGCUGGAGCCGGCGGCCGUGCUGGCGGCGCGCGCGCUGCACCUGCAGGCCAAGGCGCUGGAGCACGCGCCCGUCGCCUACGCCGCGCCCGUGCACUACGCCGCGCCCGCCGCCGUCUCCCACCAGAGCCGCGUGGACGUGCACUCCAGCCCCGCGCUGCUCGCCUACUCCGCGCCCGCCUACCACCACGCGCUCGCCGCGCCCGCGCACUACCUCAAGAAGCGCUCGCUGGCUGUCGGCCACUACGCCUACGCCGCGCCCGCCGCCGUGUCCCACCAGUCGCGAGUGGACGUGGUGUCCAGCCCCGCCGUGGCCCACGUGGCGUACUCCGCGCCCCACUUGGCGUACGCCGCGCCCGUGCACUACGCCGCGCCCUCCGCCGUGUCGCACCAGUCCCGCGUGGACGUGCACUCCAGCCCCGCCGUGGUCGAGUACGCCGCCGCUCCGCUGCACAACGCCUACUCCCACGGCUACUACGGCCACUACCUGAAGAAGCGCUCGCUGGCCCUCGCCCACGUGGCGUACGCCGCGCCCUCGGCCGUGUCGCACCAGAGCCGCGUGGACGUGGUGUCCAGCCCCGCCGUGGUGGCGCACGCCGUGGCCCCCGUGUACCACGCCGCGGCGCCCGUGUACCACGUGGCCCCCGCCGCCGUGUCCCACCAGUCCCGCGUGGACGUGCGCUCCUCGCCCGUGCACCACGGCUACGCUCCUCUCGCUCACUCCUACGCGCUGCACUCCGCCCCUCUCGCCUACUCCAGCCCGCUAGUUCACGCCUGGUGACGCAAGCAGCCAACG